UGAGUAAAAUGGGAGGCGGACAGUCUACACCAUCACCACCACCACCACCAAAUCCAGAAUAUGAUGAGCCAUGGAGGAAAAUGCCUUGGGGAGAAAAAGGCGCCUUAGAAAAGAAACUGAGACAAUUCAAGGUUGAAACCUCACAUGCGCCGAACAUCAGGAUUCUGAUUGCUGGAGCAGUUGGAGCAGGAAAGUCCAGCUUCAUAAACUCAGUAAAUAAUGUUUUCCAAGGACGAAUCACCUGUGAUGCUCUUACUGAUUCAACAGCUGGAACCUCAACAUCAUUUACAAAAGUAUAUAAAACCCAUCAUAUUAAAGGACACGAUGGGUCCCCCUUGGCUUUCAUCUUCAAUGAUAUUAUGGGACUUGAGGAAUCAUCUGAGACACUUGAUCAGGACAUCAUUAAAGCCUUAAAAGGUUUUGUCCAGGAGGGAUACAAGUUUAAUCCUGCAUCCCCCCUGUCUGAUAAAGACCACGGUUACAGAAGUGACCCGAGUUUUGAGCAGCAGACCUUCUGCCUGGUCCACGUUAUGGCAGCAAACAGUGUGUCAAUGAUGAAUGAUGAAGUCAUUAAGCGGAUGAAAUGUAUCCGUCUGGCCGCUGCAGAUUUGGACAUGCCUCAAGUGAUCAUCAUGACAAAACCAGAUGAAGCCUGUCCACUGGUUAACAAAGACAUAAGGAAGAUCUACACAAGCAAGAAAAUCAAGGCAAAGAUGGAGGAGUGCAGGAAUCUGGUGGGUGUUCCCAUGAAUCACAUCUUCCCUGUGAAGAACUACCAUGAGGAGGUGGACACGGACGACGACAUGGAUUUUCUGAUCCUCAAAGCGCUCGAUCAGAUCGUGAACAUCGCCAGCGAUGCACAGCAGAGAAAAGCCCCCAGUCAUAAACCUGAGUGAGGACUCUUGAGAUGCUAAUGUUGUAGCAAGCAUUUGUUAAAUCUUUUUUGUUUGGUGUUUGUUGAAAUAUUAUAUGACAGGUAGUAUAAACAGUUGGAGUUAGUAAAAUGCUUUACUUU